UUGAGUGGUUUAUGUUUUGGUAGACAAAUGUCAAUCAUUCCCGUAAGCAACAACAGCAUGUAGUUUAUGACAUGAGUCUGUUCUUAACUUCUUACCAAUUGUGAACAACUGUUGUGUUUAGCGCUUUAUUCUUAUAACAGCACGGUUAUAUAUUUGCUGCUACUAAAUUUACCAGGAUUGUGACGUAAAAUGGCUCAAUUGAACGUUCCUAACGUGUUUAUGAAAUCAAACGAAUAUCAUUCCUUUCAAAGUUCCGUUCCACUAAAACAGAUUAUUGUUGACGACAACGGGGUUAAAGUUUGGAGAUUUUAUGACACUGGUGCAAGAUCAAACACUUCUCAUCCUAUCAUUUGCCUUCCUCCAGCAUGUGGUACAGCAAAUAUAUUCUACCAGCAAAUCGUUUCACUCUCAUCAAUUGGAUACAGGGUAAUUGCAAUUGACUAUCCGGUGUAUUGGUCAGCGGAAGAGUUUUGCGUUGGUUUGCGAAAGUUUAUUGACACUUUGCGUUUAAGCAAAGUGCAUUUGUUUGGCUGCUCUUUGGGAAGUUUUCUUGCCAUGAAGUUUGCUGAAAAACUUGGAAAUAAACAUUAUGUAGCUUCGUUGUUUCUUUGCAAUCCCUUUGCAGAUACAACUUUGCUAAAGAGCCCUUUCACUCCAUAUGCAUACUUUGCAUUACCUUCUCUUGUUUUAAAACGAUUUGUACUAGGCGACUUACCGUUAAAGUUUGUGAGUAUUACACAAGCCAACAGCCUUGACUUUGUAGUUGAACGUUUAGAAUCUGUCACACAAAAGGAAAUUGCCUCAAGGUUGGCACUUCAAUAUCAUAGCAACUACAUAAAGUUCCCACAGAGAUUACAAAGUAUUCCAGUAACCGUCAUGGACACAUUUGAUGAUAUGACUUUAUCUCAAACAGUAAAAGAUGAUGUGUAUAAGUGUUUACCACUUGCUAAGAGAGCACAUCUGAAAACAGGUGGCUACUUUCCAUAUUUAAGCGAGAGUAUGCAAGUAAACCUUCAUCUUCGUGUACAUUUACAGCCAUUUGACAAGACGGAUAGUUAGAUUGGAAAGCUAACAUUUCAACAGCAAAGCAGGUCUUUGUAUAUUGUAUAAAUGUACUUAAAAUUCAACUUCUUCUUACAGUUAAUAUUGUGGCAAUGUUGUUUUUUGAAAUUAUUUUCAUUGUGUAUGACAAUUUGUGUAAUCUUGCAAUUACCUUUUACCUUAGUAUAAUGUUACUCUGUUGUCUUUUACAAAGUUUUCAGUCAGUAAUGUAUGUAUUAUUUAAAACCAGAUCUGGUGAUUAUUUUUUUGUCUAAAGUUAUCGUACUACAGGUCAUCAUUUGCCAUAACCAUCCAUUUAUCUUCUGAACAUUGGUACACAUUCCCAACUUGACUAAUACUUGCACCAUUUUCUUCAUGCAUGACUUGCUAUGUUUACAGCUGUCGCAACAUCAUUGUUAUAAGCGUGUUUGUCUUAUCUCAAUUUUCUCUGUCUUUAAAUGUACAGAUUGUUUGCUCAAACUGUCAUUGGAGUUAUUCAGUUAUAUUUAUAUGUAUUAUGUUUACAACACAGUUUCUUAAACUAUGUACACAUGUUUGCUGUCACAAGAGAUUAUAAUGUGCCGCAAAAUUUUCACUAAUUAAAAUAACUUGACGUCACUCACUAUGAAUGUUUGAAAACCCUUUGAUUUACCUGAAAUUGUCACAAGCCACAUUAUCGCCAUCUGCAAUAAAUACAAUUAUUUCAUGCA